AUGGCGCUGAAGCGGAUCCAGAAGGAGCUACAGGACCUUGGGAACGACCCGCCGGCGAAUUGCUCGGCGGGGCCAGUUGGAGACGACCAUUUCAACUGGCAGGCGACCAUCAUGGGCCCACCUGACUACCCGAACCCCAACGACCCGCUAGUGCCGGAGAUUGCCCAAGUCUACCUCAAGGUUGACCUGGCCAAAGCAACGGCCGAGGCAGCCAGCAUGGAGGCAAGGCACCUGCAAGAAAUGGUCAUGCGUGCGAAGGUGAACCAAACCUCCAGCCUGUCCGAGUGGGAGGGAUUCCAAACUGACGUUCGUGGUUUGCUGGUCGACGGGCCACCACUGCCUGUUCCGACGCCAACUGUCCAGGACUCUGAGGCCUAUGCUGAGAUGGCCGAAGCCCUCGAUGAGAUAAAGAGAUGGCGACUUCACGGAACGCCGCCGAAGAAUGGGUCCGCUUUGCAAAAGAGUCUGAAGGCUCGAAUUGAGGAUGUGGAGCGUCAGCUCCUGGCUGCACGAGCCAUCCGCGAGCGCGGCCAGAAAGAGGGUGGCAGUGUGAUGGCUGGAAUUGCAGCGGCUGCUGUCUCAGCGGCCCGCACGGCAUGCAGCGAAGAUCGCUUAGCGGAGCUUGAGGAAGACCUGCAAAGCACGAGGGAUGUGAAAGCAGCUGCGGAGGCAUUGAUGAGCGAGAUUGCCGCUCAUGCAGGCAAGCCAAGCGAUUCUGCAGGUGAACUGGCCGAUGCCCAAGAUGACCAUGCAGACAGGAGCCAAGAGGCACGGUGCGGGCAGGCGGCAGCCGUUGGUCUGCAAAAGCCUGGGCCUAACCCCAGCGAGGAGGCAGUGAGAAGUUUCACCGCUGAGUUGCUUGAAGCGUUGGCUGCAUGCCGCGUGGAAAUGGAGCUGGUGAGGCGCGCUGCGGCUGGAGCCUUGUUGGUAACCUCAACAAAUUGA